AUGUCAGCUGGAGGAGAGAAAUCCAAGUCUGCUUCCCAGACUGAUGGGAAGGCAGCUCAGAACAAGAUGUCGGAUAUGGGCAAGAUGGCCUACAAGAUGUGUGUGUAUGACCAGGAGAACUUCCAGGGCCGCUGCAUUGAGAUCAACGGCGAGUGCAUGAAUGUGUGUGACAUGGGAAUGGACCGGGUGCGCUCCCUGCGCGUUACUAGCGGACCCUUCGUGGGCUUUGAGCAAAUGAACUUCUGUGGAGAGAUGUUCAUCCUGGAGAAGGGCGAGUAUCCCCGCUGGGACUCCUGGAGCAACUGCCAGAAGAACGACUACCUGCUGUCCUUCAGGCCUGUCCGCAUGGAUCCCGAGAAGCACAAGAUCUGCCUGCAUGAGGUUGGAGAGUUCAAGGGCCGUAAGAUGGAGAUUAUGGACGAUGAUGUCCCCAGCCUGUUUUCCUACGGUUUCACCGACAGAGUGGGCAGCAUCAUGGUCAGCUGUGGAACCUGGGUGGGUUACCAGUUCCCUGGAUAUCGUGGCAGCCAGUACCUGCUGGAGAAGGGCGAAUACAGGCAUUUCAACGAGUUUGGCGCCCGCUGCCCCCAGAUGCAGUCUAUUAGGCGCAUUCGUGACAUGCAGUGGCACCCACAUGGCUGCUACACCAUGUCCUCCAAGUGA